AUGUUCAAUAUCUAUCUAUAUUCAAUAUGUGUUCAAUAUCUAUCUAUUUACCUAUGUUCAAUAUCUAAGUUCAAUAUCUAUCUAUCUAUAAUAUCUCUACUACACUUGUUUGACCUGUCACUACCCAGAGACCCCGGUGUCUAUUCUUCGGGAGUUGUCCGCUCAACUCCGCAUCUUUCAUACAAUCAGAUGAUUUUUUUUUUAACCUUGCAAGAAAUAGCUGGCCUCUCAGAAAAUCAACUGUCGUUCCCUGUCCGUUUAUUCAAAGACAUUUCUCUUUUUCCUCCCUAUAGCCCGAUAGUCAGAUGCGUACCUUUCGCCGACAUGUCAGCUGCCGAAGCACGUCUUCGUACAAAACAAAAAAAUACGGCCCAGGAACAGAAAUAUUGGAUGGUAUCUCUGAAUGCAUUCUAUGUUAUAAUAUUAAUCUAUAAUAUCGUAUCUAUCUAUGCUCAUGUAUUCCCAAAUGCAUAUCUAUCUAUCUAUCUAUCUAUCUAUCUAUCUAAGUGUUGUGGCCUUGAUUUCGAUCUAUCUAUCUAUCUAUCUAUCUAUCUAUCUAUCUAUCUUUAUUUAUCUCUGCCAAUUAAUAUCUAUCUAUCUAUCUAUCUAAUUCUUUUCUUCAUGUAUGCAUCUAUCUAUACAUCUGUAUGUCCGUCUGUCUGUUUCAAUUCAUAUCUAUCUAUCUAUCUAUCUAUCUAUCUAUCUAUCUAUCUCUUACAGUCUUUUCUUUUGUAUAUAUCCGUCAGUACAUCUGUAUCUAUCACAAUGAGCUUAACUUUUUCUGCCUAUCUAUCUAUCUAUCUAUCUAUCUAUCUAUCUAUCUAUCUAUCUAUCUAUCUAUCUAUCAUAGUUUCUUAUCUAUCUAUCUAUCUAUCUAUCUAUCUAUCGUUGAAAGACCUAAAUCAUAUUAAAGAAAAAUAUGUGCCUCCGUCUGUCUGCCUAUCUAUCUAUCUAUCUAUCUAUCUAUCUAUCUAUCUAUCUUACUUUUUUCUUUCUUACUUUCUUUCUUUCUUUCUAAAUCUAUUUCUUACUUUCUAUCUAUCUAUCUAUCUAUCUAUCUAUCUAUCUAUCUAUCUCUAUUUCUUUCUUUUUUUUUCUUUCUUUCUUUCUUUCUUUCUAACUCUAUUUCUAUCUAUCUAUCUAUCUAUCUAUCUAUCUAUCUAUAUUUCUUACUUUUUCUUUCUUACUUUCUUUCUUUCUAAAUCUAUUUCUUUCUUUCUAUCUAUCUAUUUCUAUUUCUUUCUUUUUUCUUUCUUUCUUUCUUUCUAA